GGGAAAGGGAGGUGCUCUUUACCCUGCAUCCUCUGCGUGCAGGGACUGCCUCUUUUCCUGUUGCUAAGCGACCGUAAAGGCGAGAACAUGCUUCAGAAAACGUGACAUCAUUUUCAUGAGGAGAGCAGGCAAAUAUAUUUCUGGCAUGGUUUCAACUACCUCUCUGCAAAUGCCUUGGUGGAAAACAAUGGAUUCUAGUCUAGCUGUAUUCUCUACUCUUGGGAGCCCCUUUUUGGAGGCAUCCAGUUCCCGAAGCCAUUAUCAUCCCUCCCGGGCCCAGCCAUUGAGGCAGAAGCAGCAACAGACGGUUCUGAGCCCAUCUCGUUUGCAGCAUAGGAAUUGCUCUAUCCUUCCUGAGGAGGCAGAACCAGGUCCUUCAUACCCUCAUUUACUGCCUGACUCCAACUCCCAGGAGGGAAAGCCCCCUAAGUCAAACUCUACAAGCCCCUUCAAUGAGUCAUGGCCCUCAACUGAACGCAGCUCUUCCUCCCUGACUCCGGAAGGAACAAAGGGUCUUCCAGCACAGCAAUCAUCAGAGGCUAAGACCCUGGAUGCACCAAAGCUCCCAGAUUCUGUCUCAGACAGUGAAUCUGUUAUUGCCAAGUAUAUUGAACGGUUUCGCUACGGGAAGCCCACUGAUCGUAAAGAGCGUUUGACACCUAGUGGUGGUUCUACUGAGUUCUGGUGGCUUAACCACUUAUUUCUCCCAGAUGGAGAAAACUCCAAGAAGGAGGCAUCGCUGUCUUCAGAUAACAGCCAAAGUGAAGUGAGGUCAUCUCUUCUCAGUCCCAUCCUGACUCAUUCUCCCUCGGGAGAAAUGCAAGCUGCUUCUGCACUUGACGCUGAGACAGUGAGCCUGCAGGAAAAAGCAGCUAGGCUCUUAUGCAGAAGCAUGUCACCCCUGAGUAGCUCCAGGCCUGUAAGCUCUGAAGGGCUUGGUUCCACUUCUACGUCCACCAUCACAAAGAGUACCACAGACUUGCCUCAACAUGCUCUACAACGCCUUGCAGCACACCAAGCCAAAGAAGAUGACAUCCUAUUCCAGUGGCGUCUGCGGCGAAAGAUGGAAGAAGCAAGCAAGGCCGUUGCUGUGAGGCCUCCUGAAGUUUGGAGGAGUCCCUGCAUCCAACCGACCUGUGCUUCUGGCAAAAUGGAAAGGGAAGUUCUGAAGUCAGCUGCGCCUACCCACUGGAGAAGCAAAGACCAAAAAGUGUUGCAAACAUCAGAGCCCCAGCUAGAUGUUAAAUAUACCCUGAGUCUUUGCCAUCCCUGCUCCUGUGCAGGCAUUCUGAGGAAUGGAAUCACCUCUGGGCAGUGCAUUGAAACCAUUCCCAACAGUAAUGGGAUAAUGGUCACUGGAGGCCCUGAAUGCAGUGGUGAGCACAUUGUGAAAAAAUCAACCCCACGAGAAGAUCACAUCCCUGAUUACCUAAGUACUUCUCCUCCAAGACCUGCAGAAACCAACGAGCCUUUGGACCAAACAACUUCAUGUCAUGUUCAAGGGGCAGCUCCAUCUGAUCAGGGAGUAUGUUUGGAACCCAGAAGAAGACCAGGGCUAUGCAGAGUCAAGCAGAGCCAAGCCAAAUCAGUUCCAGACCCCAGAGAGUCACCACGCAGCCCCACAAAGCAUUCGGUUCAACAUGUAUUAGCAGAGGUAGUUGCUGAGAGGCUUUUCUCCCCACCUGAAUCUCCAGCUCUUCAUCGGGACAAACCGAAGAGAAGCUCAAGGACUUUGGGUCCAGGGGAGACUAUUCCAAAGAAUGUUGUCACUCCCUCCCAUCCCCAGCUCCUGAACAUGGCUGCUCAACUACUGGAGCAGGCUGAAGACUCAGAUGGCAUGGAGUUUGAGGACGACCCUCUCUUACAAGUGCUGAGGGGUCAGAGGGAAUCAUUGCGCCACCAGCUUCGAGCUGUGGAUUUCCAGAUCACUCAGCUGGAAAGUAACUCUUUUGAUCAGGGCAUCUCUCACCACUGACCACCUCCUGUGUUCUCUUUGCUGAACCUUGGGUGGUUUAAGGUCCCUCCCUCUACUGGUACUAAGGCAUUGCAUGAGUCCUGCAUUAUCAGGCACUUCAGGAUGAAUUCAGUCAAAGGGUUUUGAAGGUGCUUUUUAUUUAUUUUUAUUAACUCUUUUUGAUGACUGCCUGCCCUUAGCAAGCCAGCAUAUUCCUAGAAGAUAUCUGGGGCUGCAGAAUAACCAAGUGAUGAUUUGUAGGGAUGUCCCUACUGCAUAUUCAGUGUGCUGUUUCCAUGGUUUCAGUGUAUACUUCACAUUGCAUUUAAAAUAAAUGUGUAUUUU